AUGGGCUGUGUUCACCACAAAAUGAGAAUUCAAAUCACCCAAGGCGACGAUAAGCAUAUGCCUUCAAAAAGAAUUCCUUCAGUUUCUCCUAAACUAGUAGUAUCCAGUGAGCGAAAAUGGAGUCUAUUUGCAAUAAGCGAAGCUUCAUCAUGCCUUGAAGAAUCCAGGGUAAGAAGAUUUAGCAAGCUAUCAAGAAAAAAUGAUUGCAAGCAGCCAACAGCGGAUUCUAGAAGACUCAGCUUAUUAAGUAUAGAUGAGUCUUGAAAUCUUUCUUCAACAUACAGACCUGAAUGUGACUGCUAG